AUGUCAUCAAAUUCUGUUGCAUUAGAUGAAUUAUCUGAAUUUCUCGAUCCACAAGGUCGUCUUGAUAUUAAAUCACUUGCACUUCAGACAUUACUAUCAUUAACUGCAUCUAAAGAAGGUCGUCAUUUAUUAUUAUUACUACCUAAUACUGACCCUCAUAAAUCAUUAUUAUCACGUGUUUGUCGUCUGAUAUUUGAAGAUGUUCAAGAAUCGAUUCGUUUUGAUGCACUUCUUUUUUUGAUUAAUUUAACAGCUGAUAAUGAAUUAUCAAUAUUAAAUCAUCAACAAACGUCAAUUACGAAUGACUUUUGGGUACAAUUAUUGAAACGUUGUAUUGAUGAUCGUCAAUAUGAACAUGCUGAUGCUGGAUGUAAACUUUUAUCUAAUAUAACAUCUCGUACAAUAACAAUUGAUCAAAUAAAUGAAUUAAUAAAUCAUUUAGAUAAAAAUUAUCCAUUAUGGUUUAAUAAUCUAAUUGAAGCUUUUUCUACAAUUGAUUAUAAUCUUAAAAAAAAUAAUCUAGAUUAUUUAUCAGCAUUUCUUGUUAAUUUAACACAAUCAAAACUAAUUCGACAACGUUUACGGGAUAAUGGACAUUUAAAACGUUUAUUAUGUUUUACAGAUCAAAAUCAUUCAAUUAUACGGCGUGGAAGUGUUGCAUGUAUACUUAAAAAUUGUUGUUUUGAUCAUGAAAGUCAUGAACAAUUAAUUUACAAUAUGGGUAAUGAUGAUGAUUUUAUAUGUUCAUUACUGUUACCACUUAGUGGUUCAACAGCUGAUGAAUUAACUGAAAAAGAAAAUGAACAAUUACCAAUUGAUUUACAAUAUUUACCGAGUAAUAAACAACGUGAAACAGAUCGAGAUAUUCAACAAAUUCUUCUUGAAACAAUUCUUCUUUUAUGUGCAACAAAAUCUAUUCGUGAAUAUUUUCGUUCAAAACAAAUUUAUCUUAUUUUACGACAAUAUCAUCUACAAACAAAUUUAGAUUUUGCUUGUAAUCGUACAUGUGAACGAAUUAUUCAAAUAUUAAUUGGUGACGAAGAUUAUAAUGUUGAAACACAUAAUCUACUUGAAUUAAAUAUUCCUGAAGAUUUAAGAGAAAAAUUUCAUGAGAGUGAUCGAAAAGAAGAAGACGAAAAUCGUGUCAAUCAAUGA